CGCCGAGUAUGGCGGGCCGGGUCCGUAUCCGCGUCCAGCGGGCGAGGAACUUGUACGAUGCGCAAAUCUUUGGCAAGCAGGACGCGCGCGUCGCGCUGACGCUAGGGCCUACGACGCUAAUGACGCAGGUGCACGUGGCCGGUGGCACCAACCCGACGUGGGACGAGGUGCUCGAGCUGGACGAUGUCGCGGACGAGCUGAGUGUUCUCGUCGAACGCCCAAAAGCGCCCAAGAACGAUCUGCUGGGCAGCUGCACGCUCAGCGUCGCCGAGUGGCGCGCGGACGCGGCCACAGGCAAGAACCCGAUCGAGAAGGCGUACCCGCUCAAUUACGGAGCCAAGCGCCGGGGCGAGCUCUUUCUCUCGGUGGAAGUGCUGCCGCCCCAGGUUGUCGAGACGCCUGUGGUCGAGAAUGACGAGCCGCUAGCAGCCAAAGUACCGGCUGUCACAGACACCUCGCCAGCUCCUGUCGACGUUCUACUCGAUGCAGCAGCGGGAAUUAAAGAAGUCGUACUACCUGCUGCUGCCGACGUCCCGGCUGUCGAGGCGUCGUCUGCGGUUGUCGAGGUCCCGAACGCCGUGGCACCCCCGGUGGUGGAAUCGCCCUCUGUGGUUGCUGAGGCUCCGUCAGUGGCUGCUGAGGCGCCAUCAGAGGCUGUAGAGGAGCCUGUGCUUGCAGCGUCGGCAAGUGGCACGGAGCCACCACCUGUGGAGCCUGUCAUUGCAUCAAGAGAGCCCAUGCCUGCGGCUGCACCCAUCGAGCCCGCGCCGGCAACGUCUUCCGUGCCAACUGCUCAUGCAGCGUCAGAGAACCCGGAUAUCGCGCCGCCAGAGCACUCGGGGGAAGAAGACACGACGACAAGCGUACAUUCUGUUCAAAAGGGUCCUUCAACCGAAGGUGCGCUUGCUGCACCGUUGGAAGCAGCGCUGACAAUGCCCUCGGAAGCAAGUGUUCCAGAGCUCAAGUCCGAGAUUGCGAGCAGUACGACGUCAUCUGCCAGCCAAACACGUAUUGAGCUCGCGACAACUAGCUCCAUACCAGCCGCCUCACCGGGCACGGACCCUGCUCGAGUCGACAUCAAGGCUCCACCCCAACCGCCGCUACCCGAAGCAAGCAUGAUCGUGCCAGUGGUCGAGCUCGGCAAGGCUGUCAACCCAGCACGCGACCUUGAAGCUGCGUCAAAACCUGCACCGCCCACCUAUGAGCCCGCGGAUUGCAAAGAAGGCUCAAAGCAACCAGAGUCCACUAAGGACACGGUCCCACCUCUGUCGCUCGCAACUUACGUGGCAGAGAUCGCGAAGGCCCCUCCAGACCCCAAUCUAAAAAGUAAGGACCCCGAACCAGAAUGCAAGGUCGCCUCCGCACCAGUGCGUACGGACGCUACAGAUGUGGGGGGACGCGAAGCCAAUUGUCCAAAUACCACUGCGGCGCUGAUGGUCGCGCCGAUGGUUGCAUCGUCGCCCAGCGCAUCGAUACUGCAGCCAAAACCCAGCACGCCACAGAUGCCAGACGCACAAAGGACCCUGCUCGAAGUUCCAGCCGUCGCAUCAAAUAUACCCCAGGAGGAUCUCCAGAAGAAGCCAACGCACGCACAGCUGCCAGUCGUAGAAACUGCGCCACAGGAGCUUGUCCCCCUGCUCGUCGAUUGUGCUCCUGCGACCGCGGUCCCUUCCAAUGACCUUGGUUCUAUAGCACGCCCGUCUACCGCUUUGGCCGCCGAGUUGGCUUCGCGACCAUCAUCACAAAUGAUCAAUCCUGGUCCCGCACAUCAACCCGAGGAGAAAACGACGGAAGUCUCGCAGCCGACGGAAGUCGCAUCAACACCAUCCAAAGCGUCUGCUACUGGCCCACAGCAAAUCGACAAAAGUACAUCAGUCUCGUCUGAGCUGCAAGGACAGCAAGCACCCGACCCCGCUCCUGCCGACCACUCACCAACACCGACCCCAGAGCCCACGCAUUCCUUGGUGCGACCAGUAUCGGAGCCCAGGCUGGCGACACCAACGACUGUGGCAGCCACUGAAGCAGCCCCUCCGCCACCAACGCCAUCAACGCAGGUGGCUGCCACGGUGUCCUCGCUGCACUCCGAGAGCGCUACGCCACAACCGUCUCUGAGUUUCACCGCGUCCGAGUCACCAGCCAUGACAAGCGCGCUUAUUCGGAACGCCAGAGCACCAACAACACGCCCUCCAGCCAUCCCUCUCGGAAAUACUGCCGAGCACAAGCCAGCAACGUCUGCUACCAGCGCUGGCGAUGAUCCGGAGGCGGCGGACGAGGUUGACGCGGAGCCGUUGCCGUCGUUUCGCCACUCGCUCGUCUCGUCGCCGCCCAAGGCCGCGCUAGCGACGACAGCGAAAGUAGCGCCAAGGCCCGCGAUGCUCGGAGGGCUCGCGGUCGCCCCCUUGCCCACUGUGCACUCGGAGUGGAAGAACAUGUUCGAGUUGCGUUGCGACGACCCGCCGCCCAUAAUAUCACCUCAGGCGCCGCCGCAGCCCAAGCCGCCACGUAUACGCGUCCAGAAGAAGCACACAGAAGGCCACGUCGGACGCAUGCGCAAGAACCAUGAGAUUGCCGAGGUCGAGCGAGCGCGCUGCGCACCAGAGCCGGCAACGGUACCCCCCGCCACAUCGGCGCCGACGACGACCAGUGCUGAAUUGCCUGCCAAGCCAGCACCUGCAAAAACCAACCGCCAGCAAUCCGCACCUGCGCGCACGAAGCCACCAAGCACAAAGGCGAGUGUAAGGCCGCUUAUCGCAACCAAGCGUCCGACGUCGGCCACGUCAUCGCGCUUGGCGAAAGCCAUGGCGCCACCCGUGUUGCCCCGCCCGCCGCCAAAGAAGGAGCUGCUCCGCUCCGCUCUUAUCGUGGCACUUCAAAACAUGACUGACAGCAUGUACGGGGCGCUACACGGUGGUACGCAGCAGGAGACGGAGCCGCUACCGCGGCGGACUAGCAUGUGGCUUCGUGAGACGGAGCUCCAAAGCGUUGUGCAUGCGUUCCUCGGGUCGUCGUCGCGGCCAGAGACGUCGCUCCCCGAAUUGCCGCCGGUGCUUGAGUCGCCGGAAGAGCUGCUGGCGACGAAAGCCCAUCACUGCCACUUGUGCGUCACCGAGGUGGCUGCGCACUGGUGCUGUGACUGCACGACGGCCCUCUGCUCGACGUGCCUGAGUGAUGUUGGGUGUCAAGCCGAACGGCAUCAAGUCGAGCGCUUCGUUGUCGACCAGCAGUCGGCGAUCGUUCUCGGAUCUAUAUCAACGCCAGCAUUACCCGCAUCGCUUCCCGUGACCAAACCCGCCGAGCUUCGUCUGCACGAGAAAGCAUUCCUCUGUGUUCCGCUGCAGCUUACGCCCGAGCUCUCUGCUGUCGUCGCCACGACCAAACUGCAGCACGAGCCGCCCAAGAGCCUGAAACAAUUCUGCCUCGUCCUGCGCAAGCAACUCGAGCUGUCGCCGACCUCCAAAACGGUUGCUGCCUUCCUUGAUCGGUCCCGAGUGAGCUCGUGGAGCUGUGACGAGCUGCGCUGUUUCUUGGACGUCGUGCACGUUCCGUCUUCGGGUUUGCACAAACUCAAAGUCGACGGUCCGGCCUUCCUCAAGCUCACGCCGGCUGCACUGCAUGACACAUUUGGGCUACGGGGCAGCUUUCCCUUGCAGCGGUGUCUCUUCUACCGCGCCUUAUUGGUGGAAAUGGAGUGCUACCGAGACAAAUACGGACUCCCGUCCAACCUCACGCGUCUACCCGCGUCCGCAAAAGCGCCGAUCAAAAAGAAACAAGCGAAGAAGGCGUCGGGACCCAGGUUCGUUCCGGCGCCCGCGCCCGUCGUGGCAGCGACCAAGCCCACGCAUGCUCCAAAAGCUGCAGUCACGACAGCCGUCCAGAAAGCACCGGCACCGACGACCAAGACAGCCCCGAGGAAAAUUCCACCGAAGAGCAAGGCGGUCGACCCCGACGACGACGCAGCGUUCGUUGCCAGCAUCCAUGACGGUGUUCAGGACCUCUUGACUGCCGGGUUCGAACCCACGACCACGACACCUGUUGUAUCGGCGCCGACGUGUACAUCGGUGCCGCUGCCGUCGAUAACACAGCUCCAAGCCGAGGUGGCGCAGCUACUGCAGCGCUUCGAAGCCCUCCAGACGCUCGAGAUGCCACCAGAGCUCGAAUCGCACAUGGUGGAAGCAGACAAUCGGCUCCAAGGCCUUUUGAGCAUGACGCCGAGUGAUCUAUGCUCCAACGUCCUGUCGUUGGAUGGGAUCCGACGACUCUUGAGCGACAUCGAAGUGGGUCUCUCGCGUGCCCGCGUCGCUGCGAGCCCGCCGCGCACGAAGGCGCCGCUGACUAUGACGCUCUGGACCUACGAAAUGCCGGCGCCGACGGCCAAGACCCUCACCGGCGUGACGCCAGGGCCUGGCGACUACCACCCGACGGCCAAGCCGAAAAGCCAUCCGCGACGCACCAAGCGGUCUCCGACGCGCGUGCCCAUCGACGAGGCCGACGACGACGACGACUUGUCUGCGUUCGUAGCGUCCGAAACCCAAGGCGUUUCCGGAAACGCUUCCAAAGCCCUAUUUGACACGUCCUUUCUACAGCCCGAGGCGCCAAAGGUAUCGCGCUGGCAGACGCUGCGCCAGAAGCAGCCGCCAACGGACGCCGACACGACAGUGCUUGCCACGGCUUCAUCCGAUUCAAGUGUUAUAAAGGUGGCCGAGUUGCCCUCGCCAAAGUACAAGACGCACGUGGUGUCGCCCAAGAAAACGCCAACCAAGCGUAUGGCGCCACCGCCGCGCACCGAGACGCCGGCAACACCCGACGAUGUGGCCCAGCAGACGGCGUGGGCCGCCCGCAUCCAGGUGCAGUACGGCUCACGACGACACGACGACGGCCUCGAUGCGCAGCGGUAGCAUCGUCCCGAGGGCUGCUUGGUAGCGCUGGAAGUGGGCGUUGAUGAGGCGUCGGUGUGCUGGCGUGUCGAGCGCGCAGAACGUCGUUAGAAGCGUAUCGUGGCUAAAAUACGCGACUUCAAUCAUCGUGCCGACCGCGCACUCGUCGAGGCCGACGGGGUAGUCG